UUUGCUGAUAAAUAAAUAAAUAAAUAAAUUAAAGAAGUCCGCAGAAACCGCACCUAUUAAUCCUUCCGAAUUUUUUGUUUUAAAUUUUUGAACGGACACCCAAUGAUUUAAUAGACUUGUGUUAUUUUGUUGGUACAUAUGUAUAUUCACUGUUAGAACUUUUUAUUUUAAACCUGACUUAUUAUAGUUGUUGUCCGCAAAUGUCUGUCCGCAAAUUUUACUAUGCUUAACUUUUUUAACACUUUCUAAUUUUAGCUUUAUUUCUAAAAAUUCUUUUAAAAAAUGAGCGGUUGGUUGUGGGGAAAUUCUUCUGAUUCAACAAAUUCUUCAAAUUCUAUGAAUAAUGAACAACAAACUCAAGCAAAUAUACACCCACCUAUGGGAGGACAACAACCACCUCUUUUUGUUUUGGAACAGUUAAAACAUGCUGGGGUUCCUUUAAAAGCUCAAAUGACUCCGUAUUUGCAGUUGGAUCCAGCAAUUUUCCGUGAGAGUCAACCACAAAUUAUACUUCCUGAAGGAUAUGAAAGUGGCAGAGGAAAAUUCGAAUUUUAUAUGGGAUAUAUUGGCUGUGCUGUUGGUAGUGCUUUUUUUGUUGGAAGUAUGAGAGGAGCUUUUGGGGAAUUGAACAAUCCUUUAACUCAAAAUUUGUUGAUUAAUACAAAGUCCGUAGCAAGUAGCCGGCCAGGAAUUACACGCCUUUUAAACGCAGCAACCAAAUAUGGAAGUGGUUAUGCUCAAGCUGCUGGCACCGCUGUCUUUGUUUAUUGUAUAUCCGAAUUGGUACUAAAAACUGCUCGUUCACAAAUUUUUGGAAGCAGCGACGAUUUACUCAAUUCUUUUACUGGCGCUGGAAUUGCUGGAGCUUUGUAUAGAGCCCCCUAUGGAUUGAAAUCGAGUGGGUUGGGGGCGGCUGUUGGACUUGGAUUAAUGGGACUUUGGACGAUGGUGGAUGGAGAUAGUAGACGUUCUUUGGUUGAAAUGACGAAAAAUAUGUUUUGA